AUGUCAGAUGAAUUUGAAAAUUUGGAUUAUAAUGAAAAUCAUUCUACUGAACCGGAAACUCACACUCUUGAAGAUGAAGAUCAUCUCAAUACAAUGAAUCACACUUCUGAAGAUUAUGAAAAUGAUGAAUUUUUGGAUGAUAUCAUUGAGAAUAAACAUCGUGAUCAAGAUGAAAAUUUGGAUCAUCAGUAUGAUGACCUAACUUCCGAAGACUUUCGUUUUAAUACAGAAGAUAGUAACUACUAA